AUGUCUCGUAGUAUGCCAGAGGCUGUGGCUUGGACGACAAACGGUGACGCAAAGUUUGGGCUGCGUGACGUGCAUGCUGAGAGUGUACACGAACAGGCGCGUGCUAAUUGGGAGCCGUAUGAUUUCAAUGGCGGCACCGUGUUGGCCAUUGCUGGCGAGGAUUUUGUUGUUGUAGCAGGUGACACGCGCUUAAGCACAGGUUACUCGGUACUGAGUCGUGAAGAAAGCAAGCUAUAUGAAUUAACACCUACAACGGUGUUGGGCUGUCCUGGAUCGCACAAUGAUAUUAUUCAGCUGCGUGGCGUCCUAGGUAUUCGCGCGCAGAUGUAUCAGCACGAUAAUCAAACGGCCAUGAGCUCAAGUGCCAUGGCGCAGCUGCUGAUGAAUACACUGUACUCCCGCCGCUUUUUCCCAUACUACGCGUUUUGUAUCUUGUGUGGCAUUGACGAGAACGGAAAAGGCGUCGUCUACACGUACGACGCCAUUGGCUCAUAUGACCGCGUUACGCGAGCGGCGCAAGGAAGUGGCGGCCACUUGAUGAUUCCGUUACUAGAUAAUUUGGUGGAACACGAUACGCGCACGGACCCCAAAAAAACACUUACACUACAAGAAACGAAGGACAUCAUCAAGGACGCGUUUGUUACGGCUGGAGAAAGAGAUAUUUACACGGGCGACAGCGUGGAGAUCAUGACUAUCAAAGCUUCGGGUAUUGAAAGGGAGAUGUUCGCAUUGAAGAAGGACUAA